AUGGCUGUCCUCUCUCUUCAACGCGCCCUGCUGCUCGCAGGUGCCGCCCUUCCGCUCGUUCAACAGGGCUUUGCCCAGACCAUCAAGACUGAGGAUGGGGAGGUCCUCCCCGCCAACGAAGUUACCGUCGCCCCGGCCGCCGAGCCUGCAUCCGAAGACGAUGAGAUUGCGGCGCUCCAGCUGACCGACAAUGUGUUGGCCAACCUGACGGCCCACGAGCUGACCGACGUCGAGCUCUUCCAGUUCGGCGACGACGCGGACGCCGCCGAUCCGACCCAGAUUGCCAAGCGCACCGCUGUGGGCAGCUGCAAGACCUACCCGGGCGACUGGAAAUGGCCUUCGCGCCUCACCUGGAGCGUCUUCAACCUGCUGACCGGCGGCGCCCUCAUCGAAACCGUCCCCAUCGGUGCCGUCUGCUACCCUAACAGCGGCGUGUACAACGCCGCCAAGUGCGCCGACAUCAUCGAGCACUGGCAAGAGUCCGCCACCCACGAAGCCGACCCGACCUCCGUCAUGUCUCCGCUCUUCCAGGGCGAGACGUGCAUGCCGCAGAACGGCAACACGUCGCAGUGCACCCUGGGCGGCUUCCCCGCCUAUGCCGUCAAGGCAACCAGCGUCUACCAGAUCCAGCUGGCCGUCAACUUUGCCCGCUCGCUCAAUCUGCGCCUCGUCGUCAAGAACACCGGCCACGAUUUCCUGGGCAAGUCGUUGGGCUAUGGCUCCCUCUCCAUCUGGACCCACCACCUCAAGUCGAUCCGCUUCCGUCAGUCCGUCAGGACGCCGUCGUACUCGGGCCCGGCCCUCGAGCUCGGCGCCGGCGUGACGGUGGGCGAGCUCUACGCGGCCGCCAACCAGUACGGCGUCACCGCCGUGGGCGGAGAGUGCAAGGGCGUCGGCGUCGCGGGCGGCUACCUCGCCGGCGGUGGCCACUCGCCCCUGUCGGGCAAGUACGGCCUCGGCUCUGACCAGGUGCUCAGCAUCGACCUGGUGCUGCCCAACGGGCGCUUCGUCACCGCCAGCGAGACGGAGAAUACCGACCUCUUCUGGGCCCUCCGCGGCGGCGGCGGCUCCACCUUCGGCGUCGUCACGUCCGUGACCGUCAAGGCGCACCCCAAGAUGAAGUUCUCCGGCGUCACCUGGGUCAUCAACUCGGGCAACGACACGGCCAACUCGGACGAGGUCUUCUGGCAGGCUAUGUAUGCCUACUGGUCCAAGUUCCCCGAGUACGCGGACCAGGAGGUCUACGGGUACGGCAACAUCUUCCCGCGCGGCGCCCCCGGCUCCGGCUACACGUGGACCAUGCUCCCCUGGAUGGUGCCCAACAAGACGCUGUCCGAGUUCAAGGCGAUGGUCCAGCCCCUCUUCGACGAGUGGACGGCCAUGGGCUUCGAGUUCGAGCCGCAGUACUUUGAGCACGACAACUUCUACGACGCCUGGACGUCGCACUUCCCGACCGAGGUGGUGGCCAACUCGAACCUGCGCACCGCCUCGCGCCUCUUCCCUCGCUCGGCGUGGGACGACGAUACCACGCGCAUCGCCAUGUUCGACGCCGUCCGGUCCGUGAUCGAGGAGGGCUCGGCGCUGAUCCAGUACAACAUGAACCCCGCGGCGCCGGCGGGCACCCCGGCCAGCGGGGCCAACUCGCACUGGCGCGACGCCGUCUGGUUCGGCAUCAUGGGCACCGGCUGGGCGCCCGGCAUCUCGCAGGAGGAGCUCGAGGCGGUGCAGCGCAAGAUCACCGACGACUGGAUGGGCCGACUGCGGCCCUACGGCCCGGGCGGGUACGGCAACGAGGGCGACGUCAUGGAGCCCGACUUUGCCGAGGCCUUCUUCGGCACCAACUACGACCGUCUGCUCCAGAUCAAGCGCACGGUCGACCCCUACGACCUGUUCUGGGCCCCGACCGCCGUCGGCUCCGAGCGCUGGAAGAUCGCCGGCCAGCCCGACUGGCUGACGCUGCAGACCGGCAAGCUGUGCAAGGUCUCCAACUGA